AUGCGUCGCCGUGAUGAUAAGUUUCCUAAAAAUGGAUUUGAAGCUUGGGGUGGUUAUAUGCAGGCAAAAAUUGCUAAAUUAGAAGACCAAUUCUCUACUAAAGCUGAAAAAGAUGUAAGCAAAUUGUCUAACAUAUUUGAUGGUGUAUCAAUUUUUGUAAAUGGUUUUACAAAACCUUCCGCAGAUGAACUAAAAGAACUUAUUCCUCAGCAUGGUGGUGUUUAUCACACUUAUCAAAGAAGUAAUGAUUUUAUUAUUGCUUCUAAUUUGCCUGACACAAAAGUUAAAAAUAUGUCAACUGCUAAAGUAGUAAGACCUGAAUGGAUUACGGAUAGUAUUGCUGCAAAACAAUUGUUGGAUUACAGGCAAUAUUUGCUCUACAAAAAUUCAAGAACACAGCCUCAAUUGAAUUUUAAUAAAAAAAUAAAAACUGAGUGUGUUAAGUGUGAUACUACACAAAAUGGAGGUAUGCUUAAAGAUGCGAUUUCAUACGCAAAAGAAAUUAACCAUAACAUAAUUAAUGAACAUACUUUUAAAGAAACUAGUGAAGAUUUAGACAUGUGUAAUGUUUCCACAUUAAAUCUGAAAUUACCUGUUUUAGAAAUUGAAUCUAAAAAAACUCAUUUGGUUGCUAAAACUGCUGUUGAUCCUAAUUUUAUAUCUGAAUUUUAUAACAAUUCAAGACUUCAUCAUAUUUCACAACUUGGAGCUUUUUUUAAACAACAUGUUAAUGAUUUAAGAGAAAAUAAUGACUUUACGUUCCCUGCUCGUGAUGUUCUUAAAAAGAAUAUACAGGCCUUAAAUAAUGUUCAGCAGGUAGAACCAGAUUUCGAUAGUGGGAAGGUAAUAAUGCACAUAGAUAUGGACUGCUUUUUUGUAUCUGUUGGUAUACGUAAAAGACCGGACCUCCUUGGGAAACCAGUUGCAGUCACCCAUUCUAAAGGUACACAAGGUCACCCAAAAAGAGCAGGGGUAGACAGAGCUACCGAAUUUAACCUUUAUAAGCAAAAACAGGCUUAUAAAUUGGGUAAAGCUACAGGCAUUCUAGUGGAAGAUAUUGAAAUCAAAAGUAGGGUAGAACUUAUUGCUGAUGAAGAUGAUGAAUAUGGUUCAAUGAGUGAAAUAGCAUCAUGUUCAUAUGAAGCCAGAGCCAAAGGUAUCACAAAUGGAAUGUUUAUGGGAACUGCUCUAAGAUUGUGUCCUAAUUUACAAACAAUACCCUAUGAUUUUGAGGGGUAUAAGGAAGUUGCAUGCACAUUAUAUAAUACAAUUGCACAGUACACUCUGGACAUAGAGGCUGUUUCUUGCGAUGAGAUGUAUGUUGAUUGCACUGACUUGUUAAAUGACUUAAAAGUAAGUGUUCAAGAUUUUGCUACAGUAUUAAGGCAAGAAAUAAAAAAUAAAACUGGAUGUCCAUGUUCAACUGGAUUUGGAGGUAAUCGUUUACAGUCAAGACUAGCAACAAAACGGGCUAAGCCAAAUGGUCAGUUUUUCCUGACUUCUGAAUUAGUUGAAGAGUUUGUGUUUAAUGUUCAUCUUAAAGAUUUACCUGGUGUUGGAAGGCAGACAGCACAAAAAUUAGAAUCUCUAGGCCACCAAACUUGUGGAUCAUUACAAACACUAACUUUAGGUUUAUUGCAACGGCAUUUGGGCAAUAAAACUGGAGCCCAACUUUUCAAUCAAUGUCGUGGGCGGGACUCCAACCCACUAACAUUUCAUACUGUCCGGAAAUCAGUGUCUGCUGAGGUAAAUUAUGGGAUAAGAUUUGAAAAUAAUGCACAAUGUUAUGAGUUCUUAAAGCAAUUAUCAGCUGAAGUACAUUCCAGAAUGAAGCAAUUAAAAGUGCUGGGAAAGUGUAUAACACUAAAGUUAAUGGUAAGAGAUGAGAAGGCUCCUAUAGAAACAGCUAAAUUUAUGGGGCAUGGGUUCUGUAAUGUAAUUAAUAAGUCAAGUUCAUUAUCUAAUUCAACUAAUGACAUUGAAAUAAUAACAAAAGAGGUUAUUUCCCUUUGCAAAAAGCAAAAGAUAGAUCCAAAAGAAAUGAGGGGUGUUGGUAUUCAGGUAACAAAGUUAGAACCCCUUACCACUAAGCUUACAAAAGGAGGAAUAAGUAAAUUUUUAAAUAAAAAUGUUACACAACACAAUAACUUCAAUAGUAAAAUCAUAUCGGAUGAGAAUGGUGCAACACUUGACAUAAAUCAAAUUAAAUUUGAAGAUGGAAGGGAAUCUAAGUUACCAAUUACUCCAAAAAAAGGAAAUGAAGUUUUAUCACCAAUUAAAAAAUGCCCAAAAUUCAGCUUACUAAAAUCUUCACCUGGGAAAAAGAGAGGAAGACCUCCAAAGAAUGCAAAGAGCAGUCUAUCAACAUCAAAAAAUAUUAUGGAUAAGUUUAUUUAUGGCCAAAACCAAGUAAUUGAGGAAAUACGGUAUAAAAAUGAAAACAAAGACCAAAUAUUAUGCAAUAAUAAAAAAAAUAUAAAUGAUGAAUCAAGCCAACAAGGUUUAUCAGGUCUUCCAUGGGAAAAAGUUAGGGAAUUGUUAAGAGCAUGGUUGGAUAGUGGGCAAAGCCCAAAAUUUUGUGAUACUAAGAUGAUAGCUGGUUAUUUAAGCAAAUUAGUUAUUAAUAAGGAUAUAGACAAGGUUUAUAUUUUAGUAAAUUAUUUAAAUAGAAGGACUAAUGAACUCAACAAUAGUAUUUGGACAGAAGUAUAUGAAUAUGUCUUAGAAGAAGUACAAAGCUCUAUGGUUGCUGUUUAUGGGAAAAAACUGUGGAUUAAUGAUUGA